AUGGCACCCAAGAACAAAGGCGGCGACAAGAAGGGCAAGGAUGGCGGAGACAGCAACAGCAAAGGCGGCGGAAAGGGCCUCAAGCCUGCGAAUGCUAUUAACGUGAGACAUAUUCUUUGCGAGAAAUUCUCCAAAAAGGAAGAAGCCCUAGAGAAGUUGCGCAACGGAGCCAAAUUCGACGAAGUCGCGAGGGAAUUCUCGGAGGAUAAGGCUCGGCAGGGCGGCUCCCUUGGCUGGAAGACCCGGGGCAGUCUGGAUGCGACGUUUGAGAAGGCGGCGUAUGAUCUGGAGCCGAGUACGACGGGAAACCCCAAGUAUGUGGAUGUGAAGACUGGGUUUGGGUACCAUAUUAUUAUGGUUGAGGGGAGGAAGUAA